UUAGUGAUCUUUUUAGGCUCUCAGCAGAAUAUUUGUAGCCGUGACCUACAUUUCUAAAUAUGGAUUAACACACUCGGAACGACGCUAGAAGAGGACGGACAGUCUCACUGAAAGAUUUUUGUAUCACUAUGGCUGACAUGACGAGAUUAAACGAGGAUCUAAAGGUCAAGGCCAGAAUGAGCAAAGCUCACGCCAAAGAUCCUCUUGAGUUAGUGCAAGCUCAGUUCCUGGCUCGAGGGGCUAGUGGUAUCAAAGGAGCUCAAAGACGAUUUCGUAUCAUGGAUGAUGACAGUAACCGGAAGUUGUCAUUCGAAGAAUUCACCAAAGGUCUUCGUGAUGUUGGCAUCUCGCUACAAAAGGACCAAGAGAUUGAACUGUUUCGUACGUUUGACAGGGACGGAGAAGGAACUAUCAACUUUGACGAGUUUCUCAGGACUGUUCAACCUAAGAUGAAUGACAGAAGAAGAAAACUCGUUGAAGCUGCAUUUGCAAAAAUGGACAAAACAGGGGAUGGUGUGAUUACCGUCAAAGAUAUUGCUCUGUGUUACAACGCCAAGAAACACCCCAAGUUUUUGAGUGGGGAGUGGUCGGAAAACAAAGUCUACCAGGAGUUUCUCACUUGUUUUGAAGCUGAGGGCCAUGUGGAUGGAUCGGUGGAGUUGGAAGAAUUUGUGUCCUACUAUGCAGCUAUCAGCUGUAGCAUUGAUAACGACGCUUACUUUGAUCUGAUGAUGCGAAACAGCUGGGGGAGUGAUCUCAUAGUUUAGAAAUGUUUUUGCUUGUGUGAGGCUCUAGACUCCAGCACCCUAGCAAUGAUGUGUCUAUGAUUUUAUUACUUUAUUUAUUUUUUAAAGAGCAUUCCAAGUUUUGAAGAAUUAUGUAGCCUUCUGGUAGGCUGUGCUGUUAAACUUUUAUUAUUUCCUCCAAUUUUUAAAAUUAGAGGCUACUGGUUGUAGCAAAAGUUUAGCAAAAGGAAGUCAAAGUAGUUGAAACAAGAAAAAUAACACUUGUAAGUUAAUGUAAGUCAUUAAGUUAAGGGAAAAUUCGAGCUGGGUCUAAUGUACCAGUAAACUACCUUUACACUUGCGGCAUGUAUACUGUACAUGUCUGGAAAAACUAAUUUCGUUGUAUGUAAAUUAUAUCAGAACAUGUAUGGGGGGGGGGGGCUACUCACUUUUUGAGAAGUUUUUUUUAUACGUGUAUAGUAUACAUGUCGCAAGUGUAAACGCUGUGCUUUAUAGGAGAAAUGUCUGGCUCAGACAGUUUCAACUCCAUAGAUCUGACAAGCUGCAGUCAUGUGUCGAUCUGACAAGCUGCAGUCAUGUGUAGAUCUGACAAGCUGCAGUCAUGUGUGGCCCAUAGAUCUGACAAGCUGCAGUCAUGUGUAGAUCUGACAAGCUGCAGUCAUGUGUGGCCCAUAGGUCUGACAAGCUGCAGUCAUGUGUGGAUCUGACAAGCUGCAGUCAUGUGUGGCCUAGUUCAAAAGGGGGCUCUGAAUCUUAUCACAUUUAAUUAACAGAAUGACAAUUUUUGAUCGACCUUUUAUAUUUUAAGGGUCUAAAUAUGCUCAUUUUGCAUCAGAAAUAGCAUGGAACAAACUUCACUGGGAUUGCUAACAGUUGCUUAGUUUGAUCAUCAUAAGUACAGCAAUUGACCUAAUCUAACUGAUACUAAUUUAUUUUUUAUUGAAAUACUUGAUCCAA